UGCCACCAAUUUGCAACCCCAAUAAAAUGGAGAGCGUCAAUCUCUGUCUCCUUGAAUCCCUUCACUCUCCAUUCACUUUCCGUACUCUGUACGCACCAUUCAGUCUUUCAACUCUCUUAACUAUUCCUUCUGCCUCACUUUACGAGUAAUCACAAUGCCUGUCGAGAGAUCUGUCAAGCGAGCCCACUCUUCCACUGCCAAGGAACUCAAGUCACACAGUUCCGACACAAAAAAACUAGCAAAACCAGUUGCUGUCGACGAAGAUGUCGCUGCUGCCGUCCAUCCGUAUCCAAAGUCCGCCAAGGAGCGUGCGGAUGCCAUUAAUCGGCAUACUGGCCGCAAGAUCACGCCUUUCCAGUUCCAGGUCUACGAUCUCUGUUUACAGAUCCCCGAGGGUCAGAUUUCGACCUAUAAACACAUCUCAGAUGCGCUCAAGUCCUCGUCUAGGGCGGUCGGGCAGGCCCUUAAAGUAAAUCCAUACGCGCCGCUUCCAGUCCCAUGUCAUCGCGUCCUUGACUCGAAACUGUACAUUGGCGGCUACAUGGGUCAAUGGGGUGAAGGCGAGAAGAUUGACGACAAGCGUGCAAAAUUGUAUCAUGAGGGGAUUGUCUUUGACGAGACAGAUCAUGUUGUGGCCAAGGCACGGAACAAUGCCGUUUUCACUGACUUUAAAAUCCUGGAAUAAGAAGUCAUUGUCUCAACUGACUAGUGGUAGACAUAUCCCUUGAAAUAAACUGGUGGUUAUAGUCUACUUACAAAAGUACGUCUAUAGAUGUUGCUGCACC